GGGAGAUGGUGUGUGCCUACUAGCCAAACCCGCUUCCGUUUCAGACGCGGCCCCCAAAUAAUGAGCAGCUCCCAACAUCCGACGGUGGUUUGCUGCUUCUAAUCGCCGGCUAACCCCGCUGGUCAAUUCUCUCAGCUCCAAUGCUCCACUACCCGCUCCACUGCCCGCUCCACCACUGCGCCACUAUUCACGAAGUAUACUGGCUAUGCAAUGAGGAACAUCACCACCACCGCCACCACCAAUCCGAGGAUUCAAACAAAGACUACCCCCAAAGCAAACCGGCAAUUACUAUACAACCACCACCAAUCUUCAAACACAACAUAACACAACCCAACCCAACGACACCGCCAAACAACCACCACCACCACCACCACCAAACCCACCCCGCAAUCUCCUAUCCAACAACCACACCCCCCCAACCCCCGGAAAUGCCCGCACAAAAAACCCUCUUCCUCCUCGGCGGCAGCGGCUACAUCGGCACCCAACUCCUGCAUCUCGCCACGCAGCCCCCCCACAACUUCACGACCAUCCGGGCCCUCUCGCGCACCCCACAAACCGACACGCACCUGGCCACCCACGGCGCGACCCCCAUCCGCGGCGACCUGCGCUCCCACUCCACCAUCACAACGGAAUCGCGCGCCGCGGACGCCGUGAUCUGCCUCGCGACCGCCUACACCUUCGGCCAAAGCGCCUCGUACGACGAGCUCGGCCUCCCGGAGGACGUCGCCGCGCUGGACGCCAUCGCCGCCGGGCUGGCGGGGUCCAACAAACCCCUCGCCCUAGCAUCGGGGACGCUGCUGUAUGCGCCGCACCCGGAGGGACAGGAGACCGACGAGACGUCGCCGGUGGACGCGAACCCGAUCAACACGCGGUCGAAGACGGACGCGUAUGUGCUUGCGCUGGGGGAGCGGCACGGGUUCCGGGCGAUGAGUGUGCGGCUGGCGCCGUUUGUGUACGGGCGGGGCGGGAGUGGGCUGGGGGCGUUUAUGCGGCAGGCGCGGGGGACGGGGUCGUUUGUGACGGUGGGCGGAGGGGGGAAGUGUACGACGACGGUGCAUGUGGAUGAUGCUGCUGGUUUAUUCUUGUUGGCGGUCGGGAGGGGUGGGGCCGGGGAGACGUUUAAUGCGAGUGCCGAGACGAGGGUGACGUUUUCCGAGAUGUUUGGGGCGUUGGCGGAGGUGCUGGGGGUGCGGGUGGUGGAUUUGACGGAGGCGGAGGCCAGGGAGAAGCUGGGCGAGAUGGUGGCGAGGUUCUUGGGGACGGAGAAUCGCGCGUCCGGGGACAAGGCCAGGAGGGUGUUGGGGUGGGUGCCUUCGGGGCCGGGGGUGUUGGAGGAUAUUCGGUCGGGGUCGUAUAGGGAGUUGGCUCGGGAGUUGAACGGGAAUUAGGGAGUGGCGUGGCGUGACUACAGUAUCUUUGAUUAUUAUAUAUGGAGGUUUUUGUUGCUACUGACUACGUUGAGUGACUAAUGUCAUACGGCAGCCCUCGCGGCAGCCUGUCUUGCCAGAAACAUCAACCGCUUGACCAGGCACACGGUGAAAUAGAACGGCGGAAAGCGCCCCCUCAUGCCUGACGACUCCUUCUUGUCCAAUCCUACAAAAAUAUCCACCACGGUUUGCAGCAGUUGGAUAUCGUUCGCGUAUGACGGCGCCGUGGGGUAGGUGAUGAGGAACUUGAAGAGCGAGAAGACGCCGGUAAGGAGGAACUGGGCGUAGAUCCUUGGUCAUUCAACAUUAGUAGGGUAUAUACAGACAAAAGAGCGAG